UCUAAACUAGCAAUCCAGUAACUGUACUAUUAUACAUUCAUAUAUCUCCAAGGGGAAUAGUACUGGUUUCUUCAUCCCUGCAAAACGACAGCGCGCAACUGAGGUGCUGCGAGGUGCAUCCCCUCUGGAGGAACAUUUGAAUCUUCUUUUAAAAAAUCUUUUUGUCUUCAAGUUUCUACAACUCUUUUCAAGAUAUCGUCAGGUUUUCAUGUUUCAAGGCACCACUUUUGGCAGAGAGCAUGAUUGACAUUUUAUUACUGGUUUUGUGUGGAAUGUCAGGCAGCGCGCUGGCAAAAGAAUCAACUGGUAAAUACAACACGCCGCUGCUUGAUGUGAAAGUGAGUCAGCUUGUCUUGGAGGCCAACCAGACUCUUCAUCUUAAGUGCAGGGGCAAAGGUGCACUGCUCUGGGUUCCCCCGUUCGAUGUGACGAGCCACAACCAGAGCUUGCACGUGGAGCAUUCGAGGUGCAGGAGACUGCACUGCAGCACGCUCACCCUGAGUCCGGCUCUGCCUCGGCACACAGGCUCCUACCACUGUGCCUAUCACCACCGGCAGAACCGACACUCCGCCGUCUAUGUCUACAUCACAGAUAGCCAGCGUCCAUUUGUGAAGGACCAGCCUGAGGUGCCGGAGCUGGUCUAUCUGAUGGAGGGCAAGCCACUCGUCUUUCCUUGCAGAGUGACCUCACCUGAUGUCUCCGUCUCGCUAGUCAAGUUUCAGGUCCCUCCCCAAACAUUAAACCCAGACCAAAAGGACAUUAUUUGGAACAGCAAGGAGGGCUUUACACUUCGGAGUCCCUCCAUUAUGCACACUGGGCUGUUCUACUGUGAAACCACAGUCAACGGAAUGAAACACAAACAGCACUUCUAUGUCUUUAGACCAGUGUUUGAGAUAUCCGAUGUGUAUCUGAAUAGCACUGGACCAGUGCUAACACUGAUGGGAGAUCGGCUGGUUCUGAACUGCACCGCCACUGGUCCUCCCAACUCCAGGGUCAACAUAAGAUGGAGUUAUCCUGGCGAGGGUCUUCGUAAAGUUAGAGCAAAGAGUAGCAUAGAACGCAAGCGAACACACGUGGUCUUUCACAGCAUUCUGACCGUCUCGGAACUCCGCAAGUAUGACCGGGGAGUUUACGUUUGCCACGUGAGAAACGAACGAUCACACCGCACUGCUAACACCACUGUCACAGUAUACGACCAGCCCUUCAUCAGACUGAAGCACAGAAACGGCUCGCAGGUGGAAGCAUUUGCAGGGCAGAAGUCCUUCCGCUUGGUCCCCAAAAUCCGGGCCUUCCCAACCCCAGAAAUCAUCUGGAUGAAGGAUGGGGUAGCAGCAGCGGAGAAGUGCUCUCGGUACCACAGGGACGGGAGCUCACUAGUUAUUCGGGAUGUGACAGAGGACGACGCCGGACAGUAUACGGUUCUGGCCGGGAUUCAGAAGUUUGGGCUUUACCAGAACCUCACAAUUUCACUGGUGGUGAAUGCGAAGCCUCAAAUUGGGGAGAAGGCUGUGUCAGUGCGCGACCCAGGGACCGUCCAGCGGGGCACUAGACACGCACUCCGCUGUACCUCACACGGACUACCUCCCCCCCAAAUCCAAUGGCUCUGGCACCCCUGUUCUCCGAAAGGCCGGUGCGUCCCACCGCUUUCUCAGCCCCGCCAUCAUCGCGCCCUGUCAUGGCCGCCAGCGUGGGAGUGGAGGCCCGUGACGGAACUAACGGCAGGAACUACCACAGACAACCGCCUCCUCACCGUCACUCAGAGGCAGGAGACCGUGCAGGGCAGGAACAGGACCGUGGGAAUCCUGACUGUCUCAGAGGCGUCCGUGUCUGGUGUGUAUCGCUGCGUGGCGUCCAACGUGGUGGGGGAAGAUGAGAUGGACAUCCUCUUCUAUGUCACAGAUGUCCCUGAGGGCUUUGCGGUGCGAGUGGGGGAGAAGCCGACAGAGGGCGGGGACCUCGACCUGUCCUGCUCCGUCAGCAGGCACCUGUACUUGGAGUUGUCAUGGCACCGUGUGAUGGACAGGUCCCAGGCCACGCCCCAAGUCAUUGGCCCCGCCCUGGGGGGUGAGGAGACGCAGGACGACUUCUCCCAAAUGCUACUGCUGUUGCUAAGCAACCUGACGAUGGCGCACUCAGGCUUGUACCGAUGCUCGGCACGACACCUGCUGACGGGAGAGCGCGUGCAUCAGGAUGCACAAGUGGAGGUCACCGCCCUGGCGGCUCCGUUGCUGCUGCAGAACCUGAGCGACUGCAGAGUGAACGUCAGCACCUCAGUGACCCUGCAGUGCCCCGUCACAGGGGUCCCGCCGCCCCGCGUCGCAUGGUACAAGGACCACAGGAGGCUCCACCAGGUGUCCGGCAUCAUGAUGGCACCAGAGGGCGGGGCUCUCCACAUUGAGCGAAUCACAGUCGAGGAUGAGGGCUUGUACACCUGCCAAGCCACCAAUGAGAGGGGAUCUGUGGAAAGCUCCGCCUACGUUUGGGUUGAAGGUUCAGCUGAGGAGGUGUCUCUGGAGGUUCUCACGCUGGUGUGUGCAUGCAUGGUGGCCACCAUCUUCUGGCUUCUGCUCACGCUCCUCAUUCGCAAACUCAAACAGCCGCGUCACUCAGCCACUAAACCCGAGUACCUGUCUAUCAUCCUGGACCCAGGGGAGGGACCUCUGGCCGAGCAAUGUGAUAGGCUGCAAUUUGACCCUGCCCAGUGGGAGUUUCCUCGGGACCACCUCAAACUCGAGAGGCCUCUGGGACAGGGAGCGUUUGGGAAGGUGGUGCAGGCAUCCGCGUUUGGCAUCGGGAGUUCUUAUGGCUGCAGCACAGUGGCCGUCAAGAUGCUGAAAGAGGGAGCCACACCCAGUGAGCACAAGGCUCUGAUGACUGAGUUGAAGAUUCUCAACCAUAUUGGACAUCACCUAAAUGUGGUCAAUUUACUGGGAGCCUGUACCAAACCUGGAGGGCCCCUGAUGGUCAUUGUGGAGUACUGCAGACAUGGAAACCUGUCUGCAUACCUGAAGAGCAAGCGUCAGGUGUUCCUAAUGAACAGGGUGAGAGGAGAGGGGGAUUGCGGGGACAGGCGUCUGCUGAGCGUGGCCAGUAGCCAAAGCAGUGUCAGUUCAGGGUUUGGCGAAGAGAGAGAGGAAGAGGAAGAGAGCCAAGUUUGGACUUUGGAGUCUCCUCUCCUCUUUGAGGACUUAAUUUCAUACAGUUUCCAGGUGGCCAGAGGCAUGGAGUUUCUGUCCUCUCGAAAGUGUAUCCACCGUGAUCUGGCUGCCAGGAACAUCUUGCUUUCCGAUAACAACAUUGUGAAGAUUUGUGACUUCGGUCUGGCGCGAGACAUCUACAAGAACCCUGACUAUGUACGCAAGGGAGAUGCCAGGUUGCCUCUGAAGUGGAUGGCCCCAGAGUCCAUCUUUGACAAGGUGUUCACCACCCAGAGCGACGUGUGGUCCUUUGGCAUCCUGCUGUGGGAGAUCUUCUCUCUGGGUGCCUCUCCAUACCCGGGACUGAGCAUGAACGAGGAGUUCUGCCACCGUCUGAAACACGGCAGACGCAUGCGUGCCCCAGAAUACUGCACCCCAGAGAUCUACAACACCAUGCUAGCCUGCUGGGAGAAGAAUCCAAGUGAGAGGCCCACCUUCUCUGUUCUGGUGAACACACUCGGGAACCUGUUACAGGCACGUGUCAAGCAGGAUGGGAAGGAUUAUAUUCCCCUGGACACGUUCCUGAGUGAGGAAAGCAAUGUGGUUAUUCAGCAGGAUUACAGAGACACCAGCCAAAGGACUGCAAAUCAUGGAUAUAUCAACACUAGAGUGACAGAUGGCAUCAGUACCUUUGAAGAAAAUCCCCAGGAUAAAAGCUCAGAGGACAACCAGACAGACAGUGGUAUGGUUCUACCUUCAGAGGAGCUGAAGAACCUCAAAUGGAGUGAAAAACUCCAAACUGGCAACCUGAGCAAGCUCCUCUCCCUCAUCAGGUGCCGAGGCAUCAUGGGAGAGGCCCAGGCCCUGCCCCGUAGGAGCAGCUCCUCUGGUGUGAAGAGGAAGACGGAUCGUCACAUCAUCCCCUGUGAUACUGAGUGAGGGGCCAGGUGUCUUACGCACUGCCCGAUGGCAAAUCAAUUCUCAUUCAUCCAUCACAACAUGCCCCUUCCAUCUCAAACAUGAGUAUUACUUCUAAUGUCCAUUCCCUUCUUUUGUUCCUUGGACAGCACUCCAGUUGUUUUCGCCAUGUUUAUUUGUGCAGACUAUCUUGAGCACAAAGCCUUUUGAAAAUCUUUCUAGAGUGCUGCCCAGAUUUUCCUUUCAUUAGAUGAGAUUAGAUUCAUCGAGGGGAUUAGAUUCAUAGAAAAAUAUUCAGGACCCACAAAUAGGAAUCGGUGAUGAGUGUACAGUUGUUUUCUGCCUUAUACAAUGGGAACCAUUAUUUGAAUCACCUGAAAUAGGUGAAAAUUGUUUUUAGCGAGACCACCACAUUAAACCACCCACCCACACUAAACUCUAACUCUAGCACAUCAUCCUAUCUAUAACUCUAUCCUACUCCUGCUGAUAUCACCCAACUGUAUCUCUGAUCUCACCUGACCCUUUUCCAUACCACUUAAUUCUGACGUGCCUGCAUCAACAGUUUCUGCUCUUCCAUUAAUACAACCUCAUCUAACUCACUCUUUUUGGCCUCACUUUAUAUGAAGUGUUCAUAUGUACUGUAGUGUCCAUCCUUAGUAUGUAAUAGACUAUUAGGGCACUCAGAGAGUGCAGGACUCCACCAAGGCCAAUAUGGCCUGUCGCAAUGUGAAAGAAAGUGAACAAAAGUGGAUCUGCCCCCUCGAUGUGGAUCUGCUCUAAGAUAGUAAGGAGUUCUUGUCUCAUACUGUACCCCUUCUCCAAGUACUGAUCAUCAAAAUCAGCCUGUUUGUCUGUCUACAUAAUCCUGCUGACAAACCAACAGACUAACAAAUCAAAACGAAAAACAUAACCUCCAAUUAGGUCUAAAGUCUACAUCCUACUCUAGUAUAUGUUAUGCAAUAUUUGUCCUUUCUUGAGCUGUGCAAUGUUUUCUUCAUUUAUUCCACAAGGACACUGUAUUAAGGACACUUAAUAUAAAGUAGGACACUAAACCAUCUAAACUCUGUGCUUUUUAAAUGAGAAGAGGCAGCUUUCCAUACCACACCUCUUAGCCCUUACUAAGCUAAAUAAGUGAACUUAUCUCUCAACUAGUGCUUUAGCUAUAACCGGUACCAAGUACUUCACUAGAGCACAAUACAAUGUACCACCCAAUUACUAUUGCUGUAAACACUAAUAUGCUGGACGUUAUUAUUUGAUUUUAUAUAGAGCUGCUUGAGUAUUGGGGUGAUGCAUCAAGUCCAGGGUAACAGAUAGCGGACUCUAGGUCCAGCCCUGGGCGGUAUUCGCAGGACAUGUUGUAGAAUGAAGCCACUGGCCUCUUAUAUUAGGAGGUUUACCACUUACUCCAAGUUAACACCCUAGUUUGUCACCAGGCCAUGUUCGUAAAAUACCCCCCAGGGUCUGGUCUCAGAAUCAGCUAUUGUAUUGUACAAUGACAGAAACAUGCAUGGCUAAAUAGAUACUACUGAAUAUCACCUAUUACCUUUAAUAUACGCCCACAUAAGAUGAAGUUUAUGCUACAAGACUUCAUUAUGGGGGCCAUUACUUUGUUACUGUGACUCAGUGUGGGAUAUUAUGGGAUAUUAUUCUACUAUUACUCUGCUGUAUUCACGUUCACAUAAAGCUCAACAGUUGCAGUUUCGGAUCACUUCAGUGCCAUCAUGUUUUUGGGAUUUAAGUUGCCCUCCUUUAAAACUGUGCCCUGGCAUCGGCACCCAUAGCACUUUUUGUAACCAAAAUGAAGAACCACCACUGCCAAGCUUUUGUGCUUACCACUGAGGAAUAUACUACCAAACCACAUAUAAGCUAUAAGUUCACUUUUAUGUUUAAAUUGGAGUAUUAUUUCAAUGUUAUGAAACCAAAAAAUUGUUUAUGUUUGUUAUAUUCUCUUUAUUGCUGUUAUUCUCAAUAUUGCAAUGCUGACAAGCAAGUGGUUGUAGUUGCAAGUGAUUGCCACUUAAUUUUGUUGGGAUGAGUAAUUGAUGUUAGCCAAUUUUGAUGUUCAGGAAGUGUUUUAGAAAUUAUCUGUACUGGCUUGGCAAUGUAAUGUCACACAUCUGUUAUGAAGUUGCAUAUCACAACACAGUAUAAUAGACAGCCUUUGUACAAAAGACAAAAAGACCAAGGACGUAUGUUUUGGUAUUCUUUAUUAAAAUACUGCUGUACACACAAAUAUUGCAAAAUGUGAGACGAUGAACACAAGAGGGGCCAAAAUGAUACUGGGGAGGUGGGAGAGAGCCAGU